AUGGAAGACCAGCAAGACAGCAUCAUGAGCCAAGGCCUCUUUAUCGGCCUCUUGGAAAUGAUAUUUCCCGGCAUGACAUAUCUCCCCUACUUCGCCGCCUUCGCAUUUUUGAUCAAGUUUGCUCUUGAAUCUUGGUCGGAAUCAAUCACCGCGCGUUUUAUCUCCACCGUCGAAAUUCACGCACAGGAUGAGACGUACAACUAUCUUAUGAACUGGGUCUCGCGAAACAAUAUUUCGCAGGAUAAUUAUCGUCUUCAAGCUUCCGCUUCACUGAACAACUCUUCUUUCAACUGGUCAGAUGAGCAGGAUGACAAGCCUGACGCUGAAGACGAUGAGGAAGAUGAUCCCGUCGGCAAGCAGAUCAACGAGAUGAGGUCUGAGUCAUCAACAUCGUUGAAUAACGCCAAACCUCUGUACUGGACACCCGCGUUUGGUACACAUUUCUUUCGCUAUGAGGGCCGCAUGCUGGCGUUUACCAGAUCGCUUGAGGGCACAAACUAUACGUCUACACCGCGGCAGCCUGAGAAACUGGCUAUAUCCUGCCUUGGCCGAGACGCCACUGUCCUGAAGAGACUGCUGUAUAACGCUCGAAUCGACUUUUCUGAGAAGCAGAAGGGAAAGACUGGUAUUUUCCGCGCGACAAAGCUCUACAGUGAAGAUGAGAUGUCAUGGACUCGAUGUAUGUCCAAGGCAACGAGGCCCAUGUCCACAAUCGCUCUAGAUGAACAUCUUAAGGAAAAGCUUGUCAAGGACCUACGCCGAUAUCUUGAUCGUCAGACCAAGCACUGGUAUGCGACAAGGGGCAUCCCAUAUCGUCGUGGAUAUCUCUUCUCAGGGCCUCCCGGUACCGGCAAAACGAGUCUAACCCUCGCGGCAGCUGGUCUCAUGGGUCUGGAUAUUUACAUGGUCAACCUGAACUCCCCACGAAUAAACGAGGACAGUCUUGCCUCUCUCUUCCAGAAGCUACCAUAUACCUGCAUGGUCUUGCUUGAGGACAUUGAUGCUACAGGAUUAGCUCAGAGACGUAGCGCAGAUACAGCGACGAUGGGAUCCCAAGGACGAAAGAAGAAGAAUGCAGAACGCCUCUCACUCUCAGGUCUGCUGAACAUAAUCGACGGUGCAGCAGCUCAAGAAGGACGCGUUCUCGUCAUGACUUCAAAUCACACCGAGAACAUCGAUCCAGCUCUGAUCCGGCCGGGUAGAAUCGAUUUUACGAUCAACUUCCAGCUCGCUACCUCCGAAGCAGCCGAAGCCCUCUUCACUCAAAUGUUCGACGCUCCAGACGUGGACCAUGAAUCUGAGAAGAAGCCAGUUAAGUCUCUGCAGGAUCAGACGAGGGAGUUUAGGGAUAAGAUUCCCAAUCUUGCUCUUAGUCCUGCAGCUAUUCAGGGAUUCUUACUCACGCACCAGGAAGAUCCUGAUGGUGCUCUUGCUGCUGUUGAGGAGUGGGUGCAAGGUGCUCUGAAGCAGAAGGAUGCUGUUGUGAAAGAAGCUGCUGAGUCUGAAAAGGAAGACACGGACUCUGAAGAGGAUGGGGAUAGUGAUGCUGGCUCUGAUACUUUCUAUAAGAGAUAA